AAAACUGCUGGAUGUUUGGUUGCAAAUUCAUCAAGAUUAAAAUGAACCAGGCAAAACAACCGGCUUUGGGAAUUAGCAAUAAUUUUACUGAAAUGUAAAGACGAUGAAAAUGCUGAAAAUACAUACAAAUGUUUGUAGAACAAAAUCAGUGCGUGAGAAAGAAGCUUUAGUUGACUGUGAUGUAUAUCUCAGCGAGUUAAACCAUUUAAUUAACCAAAAACCUCCAAAAGCAGAUCCAUCAGUUCAGCAGUCAAGGAAACAAUAAAGGCACAUGUGAGUUAGCUGGAAUAAGACAAUUAUCAUACUCACUAUCCACCGAUCAGCCAUAACAUUAUGACCACUGACAGGUGAAGUGAAUAACUCUGAUUAUCUCGGUACAUUAGCACCUGUCAGGGUGUGGAGUAUCUGAGUGACAAGGGCCAAACUGUGAUGGCUGACGACCGGGUCAGAGCAUCUCCCAGACAGCAGGUCUUGCUGGGUGUUCCUGGUCUGCAGUUGUUAAUACAUAUCAACAGUUGUCUAAAGAAGGAAACACAGUGAACUGGCGACAGGAUCAUGGGCACUGAUGGUUAAUUGCAUAUGGGGAACAAAGGUAAACCUGUGUUGUCUGAUCCCACAGAAGAGCUACUAUGGCACAGAUUGCUGGAGAACCUAAUGCUGGUUCUGGUAGAAAGGUGACAAUGUCCAGUGCAUGGCAGCUUACUGUGUAUGGGGCUGCGUAGCCUCAGACCGGUCAGAGUGCCCAUGCUAACCACUGUCCACCACCGAAAGUGCCUACAAUGGGCAUGUGAGCAUCAUAACUGGACCACAGAGCAGUGGAAGAAGGUGAAUUGCAUUUUCUUUUACAUCAUCUGGACGCCCGAGUGUGUGUGUCACUUGCCUGUGGAAGAGAUGGGACCAGGAUGCACUAUGGGAAGAAGGCAAGCAGGUUUUGGGCAAUGUUCUGCUGGGAAACACUCCGUCCUUUCAAGUGGAUGUUACUUUGGCAUGUACCACCUGCCUAAACACUACUGCAGACUAAGUACACCCCUUCAUGGCAGCGGUAUUCCCUGAUGGCAGUGGCCUCUUUCCGCAGGAUAAUGUGUCGCACUGCAAAAAUGGUUCAGGAACAUGACCACAAAGUUCAAGGUGUUGACUUGGCCUCCAAAUUCCCCAGAUCUCAAUCCAAUUAAAUACAGUAUCUAUGGGAUCCAUGGGGGCCUCACCUCGCACCUUACAGGACUUAAAGGAUCUGCUUCUGACAUCUUGGUGCCAGAUACCAGAGGACACUUUCAGAGGUCCUGUGGAGUCUGUGCCUCAACAGAUCAGAGCUGUAUUGGCAGCAAAAGGGGGACCUACACAAUAUUGGUCAGCUCUUGUGUGCGAGUGUGCCCUCCAAGCUGUGAUGGCAGCCGUUAGAGCUCCUGGUCCUGGGGCCGCAGCCUGUACAACAAAGGUGGAGCUGCAGAUCUCCUGUGACAACCUGCUCGACAGGGACACAUUCUCAAAGUCUGAUCCUCUUUGUGUGCUUUUUAUGAGCAGCUCAGGGUCCCACUGGUGCGAGAUUGGCCGGACAGAGAAGAUCCAGAACUGCCUUAAUCCCAAAUUUUCAAAGACUUUUGUCAUUGAUUACUACUUUGAGAUGGUGCAGAAGAUGAAGUUCAGUGUGUAUGACAUUGACAGUGCCAAUUGCAGUUUGCAUGACGCUGAUUUCCUGGGAGAAAUGGAGUGUACCUUGGGACAGAUUGUGUCCUCAAGGAAACUAACAAGACCGCUGGUCAUGACGGACAAAGCAGCUGCAGGAAAAGGAACCAUUACUAUAUGUGCAGAAGAACGAACAGACAACAGGGUGGUGGAAUUGGAUGUUGCAGCUAGAAAACUGGAUAAAAAGGAUUUCUUUGGCAAGUCCGAUCCUUUCCUGGAAUUCUACAAGCAGACAGAAAGUGGGUGGCAGCUGGCUCACAGGACAGAGGUGGUGAAAAACAACCUAAACCCAGUUUGGAGACCGUUCCGUAUCCCGCUGCAGUCGCUUUGUGUUGGGGAUGUGGAGAAAUCUAUAAAGAUAGAUUGUUAUGACUACAACAACAGUGGAUCUCAUGAGUUGAUCGGGUCCUUUCAGACCACACUUUGCCAAAUACUGGAGGCUUCAAAAGCGUAUGCGGCUGAGUUUGAAUGCAUCAAUAGCAAGAAGAAAGAGAAGAAGAAAAGCUACAAAAACUCUGGGGUUAUCAUUAUUAAACAGUGCAAGAUAGUGAAGGAGUACACUUUUCUGGAUUACAUAAUGGGCGGCUGUCAGAUGAACUUCACUAUUGCCAUUGACUUCACAGGUUCCAACGGAGAUCCCACCUCUCCUCUGUCCCUUCACUACAUCAACCCUCAAGGCUACAAUGAAUACCUGGCAGCUAUCUGGGCAGUGGGUAAUGUCAUCCAGGACUAUGACAGUGACAAGAUGUUCCCUGCUUUUGGUUUUGGAGCCCAGAUCCCUCCUACAUGGCAGGUUUCCCACGAGUUCCCCAUCAACUUCAACCCAUCAAAUCCUUUUUGUGCAGGUAUAGAGGGUGUGGCAUAUGCCUACCAGCAGUGUCUACCUCAGGUGAAGCUUUACGGCCCCACAAACUUUUCCCCAAUCAUUAACCACGUAGCCCAGUUCGGAAGACGAGCCAUGCAGCAGCAAAGUGCUUCUGAAUACUUUGUUCUGCUCAUCAUCACUGACGGAGUGAUCACAGACAUGGAUCAGACCCGCAACGCCAUCGUCAGCGCCUCUCGUCUGCCCAUGUCUAUCAUCAUAGUUGGGGUAGGGGGAGCGGACUUCAGUGCCAUGGAAUUCCUGGAUAGCGACAAUGGAAUUUUACGCUCUGCUACGGGCGAGGCAGCCAUGCGGGACAUCGUUCAGUUUGUGCCAUUCAGGCAGUUCCAGAAUUGUCCUCAAGAAAUGCUUGCUCAGAGUGUCUUGGCUGAAGUUCCAGGCCAGGUGUUGAGCUUCUUUAAUACCAUGAGUUUGAGGCCACUCCACAGUGACACACCUCUCCCUGACCCUGCGCCAUCAGCACCCCCCCAGUGAUAUAUCACGAGGAUCAGCUUUGCUUGACGGUGUACCCUGGCAUCUCCAAAUGUCCAUUCAUAUCUUAUCUGGAUUAAUGGAGGCGAGUUUCCUUUUAUUCUGAAAUUGAAUAUUUGCAGUUCCUUUUGAAGGUGUAUUAUUAAUCCACUGCCAUAUAGUACAUAGCAUGCAGCAUGCUGUCAUGUUGCACUUAUUAAAAACUAUGUACCAAUAGUACAGUAAAAAGCCAUAGUAGGAUGCAUAUGGUCACAUUUCUUAAAUACUUAAGGUGCUGGUUAUGACUUUGACUUCAAUGCUAGAAUUGAUAAGAUUUUAUAAUUUCUUAAUUUACUCUUUUGUUUAUGGAAUUAAUUGAAACAGGUGCGAUUUGACUCAAGUUCUUUUGUGGAACAGUUAAGGCAGCUAAUUACAGCCAUCUCAUUUGUCUGUCAGAAACUACAUGAAAGGGGUCCAGUACUUAUUGUGUUCUUCAUGUUUCUGCUAAAAUUUCAUCUUGUAUCUCUAAAUUACAGUGAACACUUGUUUGAUGAAGCGUAAAUCUCCACUGAAAUCGUGGAUCAUAGUCAAACCUAUGGUUUUAACAAAUACAAUUCAGGAACACUUCAGCAGCGUUUACAUUUGAGACUUUACUGGAUAAAUAAAUUUUGUAGAGCAAAUCAGACAAAUGUAUAUUACACAAUAUAUAUACUCUUGCUAUUUUGUACUUUUGUCAGUUUCUUUUUUGAAAUGUGAUUUCACAUUUGACGUGCCUGCACAUGACUGUCGCACAAGAAUCCUUAGGAGUGAGUAACUAUCAUCACUGGAGAUGUUUUCAUCUGUGUACAAUACAAGUUUACUAUGUCUUAAGUAGUAGUAAAACUUCUACUUUACUGACUGUUAUGAAAAUGACUCCACUAAUUUCACUGUGUGCAUUUAUCACCAUAACAUUUCUUUAUGCAAUAUAUUCGCCUUUGUCACACAGCAUAAUUUUAUGUUUUGUGUCAGUUAUGUGCAGUGUGUGAAAAUAACUACAAAAUAGUCGGCUUUUGCUUGAAAAAUCUUUGUCAAAUUAAUUUAUUACUAGAAAUAUCUUUUUUUAUCUUGGUGCCAUUGCCUUUGUCAUAACA